AACAACCACAAACACCCAUCUUGAUUUUGACCAUUGACUGCCAUAUGGGCAAUCCAAACUUUCCUCCAAAUCUCGACAUCAGACCCUCCAUUUUGUCUGAGGGUAUCGCAAAGUUCGUUUUUGGCACUCAUGCUCAAGCCAAUGCAAUACGUACUUAUGGCAUAGCUGGACGAGUUUGGGAAGCUGCUUAUGUAUUGAAGAGAUAUAUUCACGGAGAUGAUCAAUAUAUCUUUGAUCCUCCGUUCUUCUCAGCAGAUGACUUCGACAGUCGGCUUCUUUUAUUGGAGCUAGGAUCUGGCACUGGAAUCAUUGCAUCCGAAAUCGCACAACAUCUUGCCGGAAGGCAGGACAUUAUAGUGGCUACAGACCUACCUGAAGUAUGCCCUCUUUUGGAGAAGAACCUUCUACCAGCAAACGACAACGACACCUUCCUUACGCCUUCAGUUUUUGUACAUCCUCUGGCCUGGGGAGACAUCAAGCACACGCGAGAUCUUCAUCAGAAAGUGUUCAACCUCCACGGACACCUCGGAACUAAUACUCAGUUAACUCAUAUCGUUUGCAGCGACCUGGUGUACUUCCCGGACUUGCUCGCACCUCUCCUACGCUCCUUAAUACACCUAACAUCAUCACCUUUCGUUGAUUCCGGUGAUCCCAUUCGUAGUCCACGGCUCAUCAUAUCUUACAAGGUUCGCAGUUUAUCCAAAGAGACGCCCUUCUGGUCGGCGUUCGGUCUAUGGUUCUCAUUCGAACCUGUCCUUGUCAAACAAAAACCUUCGAGAACAUCAGAUCACGCAAAUGCGCCAGACAUCGUUGAUCGAUCGGAAGGUGCCAGAGAAGGAUUAGAAGAUUGGCACAUUUACGGUGCUGAAGUAGACGACGACAGCCCUACGUUCGUAUUCGUCGGUCAUCGACGCCCACAAUCGGCUAGUUGGAAGAUUCCGGAGAAUGAUGAGGAUCUAUUAGGAGGUGUUGGUGCAUGGGGAACUUCAGCGAGGAAAUCGGACGACACAUUUGAGAGCCUUUUGUUGCUGAAUGUAGGCGGAUGACAUACGGGAAUAGUCGAACACAACUUGAACAUGGACCACGAACCCGACAUCUUACCCAAAGGCUGCGUGAUGGUAGAAUCUGUCUGGAGAUUAGCUUGUUUGAUGGAAAAUCCACGUAGACUGAUGGCUCACCUUUGAUUUCCAUUCUCCAGAUACCCGACAGCGUUAUUGUAAUCUGCUUGCUUUGGUCUUUCGUACCCGGGUGGAGCGAAAGAGCGAGGUGUGACGCCAGCCUGGUUGGCGGUGUGGAUCGUCACACUUUCCUUCAUCAACGGAAUCGAAUCAGAAGAAUCUGGCUGGAAACCGGGGACUUCGAAUGGAAACAGGCAUAUAGUAUACUGUAAUCUCCAAAGUUACCACCUUCGUACGUCUCAAUCAAAAAUGCACAACUCACGUUCAGAGAAAACCGUGGAACGUGAACGAAGGCGUAGUACCCUUCUUCACUUCAAGUUCACCUUGUAGCACACGUUUUCCUUUCUCGGGAGAAGCUUCGGAGGGUGACCAGAAGAAAGCAGCGCUGAUUGGUUCUCGGAAGGUGUAUCUUUAUAGAUGAAGGUGUCGAAAGUAAAUCCAGGGCCUGUUCGUCAACUGAUGAGAAGGUCAUAAAGAGAGGUAUUGGUGAACCCGCCGCAAAAGCGACCUGUGAAAGCGAACGGUCAAUCCAGGCACAAACACCAGAUUGUGGGCAUGUAGCACUCGCCGGACUUGAAAUAGCAAGCUAUAGCCUCGAAGAUGAGCCCCGGAUCAACUUUGGAUGCGUUAUCGCCUCACUCACUGUGCAUUCCACCGUUACAGGUUUUGUAUUGAACAGCGUCCCCGAUAUUCGAAGCGGCUGGAGGGUUUUCCAUCCUUCCGGAUCGCCCUCUGGUCCAAUUAUCAUUGCACCCUCGCUGUACGCGAGUUGACGAAGUUGAGAAGGCAUGGGGGCAUACGAAGUAGACAUAUAGACAAGAACUGAUGCCAAUCUAUUCGAAAUCGCAUCUCAACCGAUGGAUCUUGACGUUUCGACCAGC